AAAAUGACGCACGGCUACUUCCGCCCAGCAGCACUUCCGGGUCGGAAGAAAGGUGGCGGAGCCUCUCGAGGGAAUAAAAUGGAUGGUGAAUCAAGCAGAUUUGAAAUCCACACUCCCGUUUUUGACAAGAAAAAGAAAAAGUAUUCUGUAUGUAAGGAAAGACAUCAGAAACAUUCCCAUGAAAGUCGUGGAAACUCGUCAUCUCUGGCAAGUGAACAGCCUCAAAAAACUAAGAGUAAAAAGAAGAAAAAGGAUUUCCAGAACCUUAUUUCUAUGAAAAAACCAGACAUCUUUGAUGAGACCGAAAAGGCCACUUCUACACCCAAAAAGAUUAAAAGGAGACGAAACUGUGCUUUGGGAGUAGACAAGGAAACAGGGGUUGCGUAUGUUCUAGUGGAUAAAGAAAAUAUUGAGAAUGUGUCAAAGAAUCUCAGGAAGGACGUGGAUGUCGUUUACGUGAACAUGAGCAAGGAGCCUAAAGCAGACGAACUGCGAGUAGUUGCUAAUUCGCGUGGCGAUGAAUCAGAAGAGCUACAGGAUAAGGUCAGGAAAAAAAAGAACAAGAACCAUCCGAGGAAAGUUGCAUCGCAUGACGCUGCACAGAAAAACUGGCAUGCAGGCCCUUCCCCACCCCAGUCAGAAUCACCUGAGCAGGGGUCUGUCCAGCAGCAGGGCCCGGAGGGUGAAAUUGCAGAACCCCCAGUAUCUGCUCAUAGAAACAAGUCUAAGCAAAAAAAGAGAAAAAGGUCCAAUCGCCAGGAAUUUGAGACACUGGCCACGCCGCAGAGUCUCGAGAAGGCAAACCCUGAAGGACUGCACGGGGUCGAUGAGGUUGGAUCUAUAGGUGACGCUGACACACACAGAGGGGUCAAGGAAUCCACCAGUACAACGAAAAAGUCUAAAAAGAGGAAGCGCGUGUCUGUCGAACGUGGUGGUGGUUAUCCAGUGCUUGACACCGACUCCGAGAACACACUCUUUGAGUCACUGGAAGGUCGUGGUUCCUUAACUGAAGAACGUGCAAAACCCAGGCCACAAACAGAGAAAGCCCCUUCCUAUUCAGAGGAGACACGCGUGGGAGAGGUGCAGAGGUUAGAACCUGCAGAUGAAGGGGAAAGCCAUUUGCAAUUAGCAAGAGACUCUGAAACAAAUGAUUUAUCUGAAGAUUCGCGAGAUUCGGGCGAUUCCGAUGUGGAUUUGGACUCGGCCGUGAAGCAGCUGCAGGAGUUCAUCCCCGACAUUAGGGAGAGAGCGGCCACCACGAUCAAGCGCAUGUACCGGGAUGACCUGGGGCGGUUUAAGGAGUUUAAAGCCCAGGGUGUCUCUAUUAAAUUUGGCAAGUUUUCUGUGAAAGAAAAUAAGCAGUUAGAGAAAAAUGUGCAAGAAUUUCUAUCCCUGACGGGAAUCGAGAACGCAGACAAGCUGCUGUACACAGACAGAUACCCAGAGGAGAGGUCCGCCAUCACCGACCUGAAAAGAAAGCACUCGUUCCGACUGCACAUCGGAAAGGGCAUCGCCCGGCCCUGGAAACUGGUGUACUAUCGAGCAAAGAAGAUGUUUGACGUCAACAAUUACAAAGGCAGGUAUAGCAAAGGAGACACCGAAAAGUUAAAGACAUACCAUUCCCUCCAUGGGAACGACUGGAAAAAGAUCGGCGAGAUGGUGGCCCGCAGUAGCUUGUCAGUGGCCCUGAAGUUCUCCCAGAUCAGCACCCAAAGAAAUCGGGGUGCCUGGAGUAAGACAGAAACACAGAAGUUAAUUAAAGCUGUUGAAGAAGUGAUUCUGAAGAAAAUGUCUCCCCAAGAGUUAAAGGAAAUGGAUUCAAACCUCCAAGAAAACCCUGAAGGUCGCUUAUCGAUUGUUCGGGAAAAACUCUACAAGGGCAUAUCUUGGGUAGAGGUAGAAGCUAAAGUGGAGACCAGAAACUGGAUGCAGUGCAAAAGUAAGUGGACAGAAAUUUUAACCAAGAGGAUGACCAAUGGUCGGGAUGUGUACCGUGGAGUUAAUGCCCUGCAGGCCAAAAUCAACCUUAUUGAGAGGUUAUAUGAAAUAAACGUGGAAGACUCUAAUGAAAUAGAUUGGGAAGAUCUUGCUAGUGCCAUAGGUGAUGUUCCUCCAUCUUACGUUCAAACUAAAUUUUAUAAGCUGAAAGCUGCGUGUGUUCCCUUUUGGCAAAAGAAGACUUUUCCAGAGAUUAUUGACUACCUCUAUGAGACAAGUCUCCCUUUGCUUAAAGAGAAGUUAGAGAAGAAGAUGGAGAAGAACGGCACAGAGCUCCAGGCUCCUGCAGCACCCAAGCAAGCUUUCUUGUUUAGAGACAUCUUUUACUGUGAGGACGACAGUGAGGAGGAAGAUGUGGACAGUCAUAGCUAAGCAGAGGGUACUGUCUCCUGUCUUUUCCUAGCUGGUUAUAUUUAUAUACAUCUGUUAAUAAAGCUAUUUUGGUAUUGCUGUUUAUUAAGGAACAUACAAUGGCCAAAGGAAUGAUGAAAUGAUAGCUUUUAUGCGGAGCGUUAAAGUGUGCUAACAUUCUUAUUGGAGCUUGUUUGAAUAUGAAAAGAACAGAGGAGUAUACGGGUUGAUUUAAUAUUUUUGUAC